GAAAGAAUAACAAAAGGCGGUGGUGUGUGUGUGUGUCCAAGCCAAGUGACCUUUGCAAUUUGCUGCUCCUCAUUUACAGCACUCACACAUAAAUACUUAAUGACGGUGAAGCACCUUGUGCAUUGUCCAAUAAUUAACCAGAGCAAAGAGACGUUGGAGGAAAGUCAGAACAGACAUGUGAUAAGCAGAAGCAGGAAGGCCGUUGACUCAGCAGCUGUACGUUGAGGGGGAGGGGGUGAAGCCCGGAGCUUCUCGUUUCGCUGGGUGACAUGUGCUCCAUGGAGGACUCACCGGAGGCCAGGACCAUCGAGCUCAACGAUGGAGCACACAUGCCGCUGCUGGGCCUGGGGACGUGGAAGUCGUCCAAUCGCCCCACGUCGACCCAGGGAGCAGCAGAGACCGCCAUUGCCGCCGGCUACCGCCACAUAGACACGGCGCACAGUUACUGCAACGAGGUGGACAUUGGGAAGGCUCUGCAGGCCAAGAUGCAGCAGGGCAUCAUCAGGCGCCAGGAUAUGUUCAUCACCAGUAAGCUGUGGUGCACCCAUCACUCCCCCGCGGACAUCCCUGUGUGCCUGAACCGAUCCCUGAAGGACCUGCAGCUGGACCACCUGGAUCUUUACCUUGUGCACUUCCCUGUUGGCCUCCAGAAAAUGGGCAAUGAGCUUUUCCCAAGGGUUGAUGGGAAGAUCCUGACAUCUGACGUUGAUUACGUAGACGUGUGGAGGGGGAUGGAAGCCCUGAAAGCGUCAGGGAAGGUGAAGAGCAUCGGUGUGUCCAACUUCAGCAUCCUGCAGCUGGAGAGACUCCUGGCCCUGUGCAGGGUGCCCCCUGCUGUCAACCAGGUGGAGCUGCAUCCCUACCUGGUGCAGACCGACAUGAUAGAGUUCUGUAGAUCCAGGAACAUUGCACUGACGGCCUACAGCCCCUUUGGCUCGCCAGAGAGACCCCCAGAGCUGCUGAGGAAGGACACAGACCCACACAAGCUCCUGGAGGAUCCAGUGGUUGCUGAAAUAGCAGCUCGGCACAGACGCAGCUCAGCACAGGUGCUGCUGAGGUACCACGUGCAGCAGGGCAUUGCCGUCAUCCCCAAAAGCGACAAACCUCAUCACAUUUUAGAGAACACAAAGAUCUUUGACUUCCGUCUCACAGUGGAAGACAUGAAGACCCUGAGAGGACUGGACCGCGGGUGGAGGGCCUGCGCCAUCGAGGAAGUCAGGAGUCAUCCGUACUACCCCUUUGAAUGACACCGCCUGGAGCAGCAGCCGCAGCAACACGUCAACACGUCUUUGUCUCCCUGUCUGUACUUUAUUGUUUGAAUAAAACCCUGUUUAGUCUCCAUUCA